UCCUCCAUUGACACCCAUGGUUGAGAAUUUUGAAAAGAUGAAGAUAAAUGAAGAAACAGCUAGAUAUAACCAAGGUGAGCGAUUUUCAAGUACAUCCAAUUCAAUCCAAGUUUCUGGAGGAAACCUGAAUGCAAAGAAAUCCCUUAUCGAUGAUCAAAUAAGAGCAAUCCAAUUUUACAGGUUUAAACAAGAGCAAGCUAUGAAGUUGCAAAAGCCGAGAACUAAGCAUUACCAUCAAGGCAAAGGAAGAGUUCUUGGUGGGUUCAAGUACAAUGGCCAUAAAGCUGCCCCUAACUCUAAUAAUCCCUGGUACAAUCUGCCCCAGCGGCAACAACAACAACAGGGCAACCAACAAACCGGUUCACACAUGAGGGCGGUUUUCCUCGAUGCAUCCGGUUCAAGAAAUGGUUCUAGUGGAACCGGGGUUUUCUUGCCUCGUGGAAUAGGAGGAAACCCUACCGAGUCACGCAAGAAACAAGGAUGUGCCACAGUUCUGAUUCCUGCAAGAGUAGUUCAGGCACUGAAGCUCCACUUUGAGAAAACAGGUGUUCCAACAAGGUCCAACAAUAGUGGUUUCCCUCUCCAACACGACGCUUGUGAAAGUGGGAGGAAUCAUUCACUGCACAAGGGCCCGUCCAAGGCAGCGCUGGCUAUCAACCUUCAAGAAAUGAGUCUACCUCAAGAAUGGACAUAUUAAUGCAAACAACCACAUGGGGUUGUUUGUUUUCCAUCAAUUCAAGCUUUUGAUUGUAUUUCAAGGCAGAAUAAAACAGAAAUAAAGACAGAGAGUGGUCAAAAUUGUAUGGAAAUCUAGGGUUAAGUUUGAUUUGUUUUGUUUCUUUCAGCCUUCAGCCCUU